CUCGAAGAAUGAAGAGGCAGAGGGUCGGGGUGGACCCCAAACGGGUCCGGUUCCUCCCCCCGAGCCCGGUGAUUGAGAUCGAUUUCAAACUCUCCCAGUGCUUAGUACAGUGUUCUGCACACAGAAUGGCGAGUGGAUUUCUCAUGGAAGUGUGUGUUGAUUCAGUGGAAUCGGCUGUGAACGCAGAAAGAGGAGGUGCUGGCCGGCUCGAGUUGUGUUCUAGUUUGCUGGAAGGAGGAACGACACCCAGCAUGGGUGUCCUUCAAGUGGUGAAGCAGUGUGUCCAGAUCCCCGUGUUUGUGAUGAUCCGGCCCAGGGCCGGAGAUUUUUUGUAUUCGGACCGUGAGGUGGAGGUGAUGAAGGCCGACAUCCGACUCGCCAAACUUCAUGGUGCCGAUGGGUUGGUGUUGGGGGCCCUGACUGAAGAUGGACACAUUGAAACCGAGCUGUGCAUGGCGCUCCUGGCAGUUUGCCGGCCUCUGCCCGUCACCUUCCACCGAGCCUUUGACAUGGUCCAUGAUCCUGUGGUGGCUCUGGAGACCCUCAUCACCCUGGGGUUCGAGCGAGUGCUGACCAGUGGCUGUGACAGCUCUGCACUGGAGGGGCUUCCCCUCAUAAAGCGACUCACGGAACAGGCGAAGAACAGGAUCGUGGUAAUGCCAGGAGGUGGCAUAACAGAGAGAAAUCUGCAGAGAAUCCUUGAAGGCUCUGGUGCUGCCGAGUUCCACUGCUCUGCCCGCUCUGCCAGAGAUUCAGGGAUGAAGUUCAGAAACACCUGUGUCGCCAUGGGAGCCGCACUCUCCCACUCAGAAUAUUCGUUAAAGGUAACCGAUGUGGCCAAAGUGCGGGCCCUGAACGCUAUUGCAAAGAACAUCCUGUAAGCGGACGAAACUUCCCUGGGAGAAGGAGUCAACGCGGAGGGAGAUGGGGAAGGAUCAGGAUGACUCGGCUUCCCUGUGGCAGAUCCAGCCGAAACCUUCCUCUUUGGGCGGACAGUGGGUUGCGGUGUAAAUCUCACCGCGAUCGGGAAAGCAGCCGUCUGAAGUGCGAGAGAGUCUCCGGGGUAAUCCCACCGGGCUUUGGAAAGCCGUCCCCACCGUCGUGGCUAAAUCCAGCCAGCGGCCUUUCCGUCCUCUGCUCGGUGCCUGCGGUGUCGGGAUAAGCAAGGGCGAAGCAAGAGGCUCGGCCCGAUCGCGAAACGCAACUGUAACGGCCCAUUUUAAUUUCCACUUGUAAAAUAAAUCGUUUCCUUGCCGUGUC